ACGCACCGAUUCUUCGUGCGCCCUUUGAGAUCCCGCGGUGCUCCUCACAUCGCCGUCCAGGCUACGGCUCGGUGACUGCAGAAGGUGGCGAGCCUCUUUUGUCUGCGUACUGUUAUCGCUUCAGACGUGAUUAGAUUGGACUGCCGUACUGCUGCUGUGCCAAACAUGGACCCGUGGCAAGUUUGACUGGAUUGCCAUUUUCCCAUCUACUUGUACUGAUUUUGACGCGCGCACUAUUAACUGUUAUGAGGUUUUUUCUUCUGUGAGAGAUUUUUUUUUUCCAAUAAGACUGGUUGACUGCUGCUGAUUGUCUCUCUCUCUCUCUUCGUCACCUCGUGGCAGAGGCUCAGCUGUUCUGUCUGUCCCUCUCGCAAAGACAUAGAGACACAGCUGGCUUAAUUGGCGCCAUGAUCAGGCCUGAGGAGAAUACUUGCACAUCCCCAGUAGACAGCAUGGACACCAAAAGGCACUCCGCUGAAAGGUGACCUCCAGAAACUUCACCUCCCUGAAACAUUUGAAUAUGCCAGGACAUAACAAUGAGCUCAAACAGCACAGACCCUGGUCUCUUCCUGACUGCCAACACCUCAACCCCAGCAGCUGGAGCCUACCCACAGUCCAAUGCUCUCCACCAAGGAGGAAAUGGAGGAGCCUCCUGGUUGGCUUCUUAUGUGAAUACCCUGGAUGAUAAUUCCUCUUCCACCAGCAAAUUCUCAAACCUUACCCCCGAAUCCCUAAAUGGGAACGGUACUGCAGCCCUCGAUCCCUUGGGUGGCCACCCUGUGUGGCAGGUUGUUAUCAUUGUCUUGCUCACAGGAAUGCUGUCACUGAUCACCAUCAUUGGCAACAUCCUGGUAGUGGUAUCCUUCAAGGUUAAUCGCCAGCUAAAGACAGUCAAUAACUACUUCCUGCUGAGUUUGGCUGUGGCUGAUCUCAUCAUAGGGGUCAUUUCGAUGAACCUCUACACAGCUUAUCUUGUGAUGGGCUACUGGGCCAUGGGCAACUGGGCCUGUGACCUAUGGUUGGCGAUAGACUAUGUGGCCAGCAAUGCAUCAGUCAUGAACCUACUGGUUAUCAGCUUUGACCGCUAUUUUUCAAUUACCAGGCCCUUGACCUACCGGGCCAAACGGACAACAAAGCGAGCUGGGAUCAUGAUCGGGCUAGCCUGGUCUGUUUCUCUUGUUCUCUGGGCCCCAGCCAUCCUACUAUGGCAGUAUUUUGAGGGUAAAAGGACAGUACCGCCAGAUCAAUGCUACAUUCAGUUCCUCUCACAGCCCAUUAUAACCUUCGGCACAGCCAUGGCGGCUUUCUACCUGCCUGUGACGAUAAUGAGUGUACUCUACUGGCGCAUUUACAAGGAGACCCAGAACCGUUCAAAGGAGUUAGCUGGGUUGCAGGGUUCAGGGGGUCGUGGAGGGAUAGGAGGAAGAAGUGGGAAUGAUGAGGGUGAGAGAGCCCGUUUUGUCCAUCAGACAGGAAGUUCUAGGAGUUGCAGCAGCUACGAGCUUACCAGGUUGUCCCAAAGAAAGAGCACCUGUCGGGAGCUGGUUGGCCGCUUUCACUGCUGGCCUGGAGUUCGUUCUUGGAGACCUGGUAGUAGCCGGCAGGGUGACGGUGAUCCAGACCAGAGCAGCAGUGACAGCUGGAACAACAAUGAUGCUGCGGCCUCGUUGGACCACUCUGGGUCUUCAGAAGAUGAGGACUGUGGGGGCAGAGAAAUGAUUUCACAGAGUCAUGCUAUUUUCUCUAUUGUUCUCAGCCUCCCUGGUAUAAAGGCUGCUGUCAACUCCCAACUCACCUCAUGUGAGGAUCUAGAUGCAGCCUCAGAGGAGGAUCCCCUUAGGGGAGCAGAGUAUAACCGAGACAGCCUCUCAACACUCACCACCAACACCACUGCCACCACUACUCCUGAUGAAGCAAACAGUUCAGAAAAUAGCUACCACCAACGCUUCUGCUCACGCAAGAUUCAAUCAAUGCCUACCAUUCAGGCUACCUCUAAUCAAGUCUCUACAGAUGAUCCCCCAACAGCUACUACCACUGCCAUCAACAGUACUCCCACCAGCACUACCAUUAAAUCCCCAUCUGUGCCAAUGUCCUUCAAAGAGGCAGCUCUGGCAAAGCGUUUUGCAAGCCGAGCUCGAACUCAGAUCACCAAGAGGAAACGCAUGUCCUUAGUGAAGGAGAAGAAGGCAGCCCAGACUCUCAGUGCCAUCCUUUUUGCUUUCAUCAUCACAUGGACACCUUACAACAUCAUGGUGUUGAUUAAUACCUUCUGUAAAGAGUGUAUCCCGCCUGCCUUGUGGGCAGUUGGGUACUGGCUGUGCUACGUCAACAGUACAGUCAACCCCAUGUGCUAUGCUCUGUGCAACAAGACUUUCCGUACAACCUUUAAGAUGAUACUGCUGUGUCGCUGGGACCAGAAAAAACGAAGAAAGCAGCAGUUCCAGCAGAGACAGUCAGUGGUCUUCCACAGGAGGAUUCCUAGGGAGUCCACGUAAAGUGAAGUUUGGAUGGUUGAAACAGGGAAUUGAAAGAUUUAACAUAGGACAAAAAAAGGAAGAGGCAUCCAUGUAGUUGUUUCUGUGGAGUACCUUUGCCUAGAGAUCCCUAAUGUGUUUCUCUGCUGACAUGUCAAGCACAGCAAUCCUGUGUGGUUGUCUUGAGGUAUGUGUUUGUGUUGGUGCAUCCAUUUAGCCAAGCUGUGUGUAUGCACAAAUGGUUCUAGAAGAGGUGAGAUCCAGAUGAAAGCUUACCUUCUGUCCACGGACUGUUUACCAUUUUACACUAGUACAGCUGAGAGCAAAUGAAUUGAGUGGAACAUAGUUGUAAAGGGCUUUAAAAUGUAUUGCAGGUGAAUUAUUGAAGUGCAAUUGACACAAGGGGAAAGGAUAUCUUUGUCACAGGGUUGGGGAUUCACAUUUCUUAUCAUUUCUCUCUGUGGGUAGCUAGAUCUGUAACGAGCAGAGUGGUUUUGUAUUUCAAACAAAACCACGUAUCUGUAAUACGUCACCGAGAGCCAAGACAAAAACUAGUUUGUGUUCACACAUUGUACUGAUUUGACAUGCUAUUCUCUUAACUGGCAUGGCUUUUAUCAGAACGUCUGUACAUUGCCUUUCUACAUGGAUAUACAGCUUUCCUGUGUCUGAUGGAAUAUAAAAAAGUUCUUAAAUUGUGUCCUUACUUUCAGUCAACGGAGAUAUGUUAUUUUUGUGAUAUUCAUCUUUGGUUUUCUAGAUAUUCCUGAGAUUUUGAGCCAGUCUGAAAAUGAUUCUUUUGAUGAACUGAAUUGUGAUUAUUCUGUGUGGCACCACAGCCAGUGAACUGCUGUUGUGUUCAAUGUGAUUGUUGUGGUUUUUAUGGUGGAGACAAUAAGUACAUUGGUUGUGUUUUAUGUACUUGCCGUUCUCUGUCAAGAGUAAUGAUUAUACAAUGAUGAUAUUCUGUUUGUGUACCUUUGAAUAUUUCUGACUUGAUACACAGUGGUUGAUUACAAACACAAAGAUUUUCCAUUUAUAAAGAUGUGUGUUUUGAUUUUACACUCUCUUUUAAAUUUCUACUAAAUGAUACAUGUAAGGAACUCUUUGUAAAAGGUCACUCUAUCUUUGAUAUGGUAGAGCAAUGGCAACCUCUAGUGGCUCGAGAAAAACAUGUUGUCCAGGCUGAUUCACUGUCAGUUCAUCUUCUUCAGUGAUGUAUCAAAAUCUUAUUCUACCAAUAUGAAAACAAACAAUUACCACAAUCAUUGAAGGUACAUUAUUUAAACAUUCUGUUAUAACCAUAUUUUUUGAUUAAUUUCAUAUUAUUUAUGGGUGAAGUUUUUCUUCUUUAAAAAUAUUAUUUAGACAGACAGUAAUUGAUUUAUAAAUUGAAUCAAUAGCUGUAUUGGUCUACAGUACAUCAGGUUUUUCUAUACAGAAAGUGGGCUGAUGUCAAAGAUGUCAACUAAGGCAAGAAUUUAUUUUAUUUUAUUUCUAAUGCACACUAUGUUAUUCUUAUCUUAAGUAGUUGUUUUUUGUUGUUGCACCCAAAUCUUGAAUAUUGUGCAAAAGGUAUUGAAGGUCAAUGAUAAACUGUAUUAUGACAACUGGCAUACUGAAGAAUGACUAGAUUGGAUCAUUGGAUACAAUGUUGAAUGUCAUGGCCACACAUAAUGGUAAGACCUGUGCUGUAUGCAAAAGAGAUUUGUUAAAAAAAUAUCCCAUGCCUGUCAACAGUGGAUAUUUUUAUAUUCUAACACAAUGUUCUCCAGUGACAUAACACGUUCUUCAUCAAAGAGAUUUUUGUACUUAUUAAAUAUUGGGAAUGUAAACUACCAAAAUGGUAAACACAAACAUUUUGUUACAUUUCAAGUUUGCCAAUCAUACUCAUAUUUUAAGUCAAUAAAAAAAAACUUUUUGACAGAAA